AUGGUCUGGCAGUUCGCUUUGAUGGCAGCAGCACGGAGAUUUGACUUUGUGGCUGCAGCUGAAUACCAUGUUGAGAGGACGGUCCAGAACUUCAGGGACCAGAGGAUCGUCCUGAUUACCGCAGGGAAGCCCCCCGACAAGACACGACAUUUUACCCCCAGGACCUCAGUCAACAAGGGGCCCGACAACACGUACCAAAGGGAGGCUUCCAGGGAACGUCUCCUUGGCCGCACCAUGGAGAGCAUAGAGCGGGUGCCGCCGGGCAAGGGAUCCGACCUCAGAGUUUGGGUAUAA